AUGCGUUUGCAAAGUCAACGGGACUUUCAACGAUUUUUGUUAGAUAUUGGUGAGGGCAAAACCGGUCCAAAGGUAGAUUUACCGCUAGGAUUAGUUGCUCCUGGAAAUUCUUUAGAUGGUCUCAUUGAUGCUAUUUUUGAUGAUCCGGUUGAUUUUUCUGAGCGCGUCAUUUUGGCUGUCCGGAAUGAUGAUGCCCAAGAAAUCAACCGAAAAAUCACCGAUCGUAUACCUGGUGAUGUGCAUCAAUGUUUUAGUGCUGAUUUUGUUCACGAGAAUGAUGAACAUGCCCAUCAUUACCCAGGCCAAUCAUAUGAUCGAGUUGGCAUUUAUCUUCGCAAUGAAGUAUUUAGCCAUGGUCAAUUAUAUGUGGCAUUGUCUCGUAGUAGACAUCCUGCAAACAUUAAGGUUGCCAAUGACAACAAUGAAGCCGUGGGAACGGUUAAAAACAUUGUUUAUCAUGAGGUUUUUACAUGA